UACUACGAAAAUAAACGAAAACAAAGUGCAACAUCAAAUAUGGCGUCAAUGGAAAAAAGACUUCAAAAGGAAUUGCUGGCACUAACAAAAGAUCCCCCUGUUGGUGUUAAAGUCAAUACAGAUGCUAUAACCAAAAAUCUAGCCGAAUGGACAGUAGAUUUAGAAGGGGCACCUGGAACAGUGUUUGAAGGUGAAAAUUUUCAACUACAGUUUAAAUUUGGUUCUAGAUAUCCUUUUGAUUCUCCACAGGUGAUGUUUAUAGGUCCUAAUAUUCCACUACACCCACACGUGUAUAGCAAUGGUCACAUAUGUCUUUCAAUAUUAACUGAUGACUGGUCACCAGCUUUAUCAGUACAGUCUGUUUGUCUUAGUGUAGUUAGUAUGUUAUCUAGUUGUAAAGAAAAGAAACGACCUCCAGAUAAUGCACUUUAUGUAAAAACAUGUAGUAAAAACCCUAAAAAAACAAGAUGGUGGUAUCAUGAUGAUUCUGUUUGAUUAAGAGGUCAUUGGUGUAGCCAUAAAAUCAAUUGAUGAAUAAAUAUAUCGAGACUAAUCCUCUCUGAAUCAUACCAUCCAUAGCCAUUUGGUGUUUAUCUCAGAGAUUCAAAGUUACUGUGCUUUUGGAUUGGAUGAUAUUAUAAUAAAAAUAUACUUCUUGUUAUACAGACUGACUGCUGUGAACUUCUGCUCCUAAAAGUCAUUCAUUUUAAUACACAAAUUAGUUACAUAUAUUGACAUUAUGAGCUUUGACCACAACAGUAACAGAGUAUUAAAUUACCCUAUUAGUAGUUAGAUUACUCUAAGGUAGUUAUUCGUACUUGCCAGCCGACCUUGCUAUAUGGUUAAUUUUAUGUACAGCCAUUGAAGUUGUUUGUCAAAUUUUCAACAGUGAAUAAUCUAUAAUUACGUUUUCAUUCAGGUACUUCCUUUGUAGACAGGUAUUUUGAAAUUAUCCACUUCCUAGAAAUAAAUUUCAACAUAAAUGUUAGUGCUAAACUCAUUCGUGCAGUUAAAAUAUUUUGUUUAAAUAUGGUGAUAUGGAUUUUAAUACAUUAUUUGUUAUUGGUGAACAUAGUCAUGCAAAGAGAAUAUGGCUGUUAUCCACUGCUGGAUAGCUGCUGACUAUCAUGGUUCAUACUUCAUAGUAUUUAAUGGGCCAUCAGUUUCACAAGCAGUCAUGCUAUAUAGAGCAGAUUGCUUGUUAAAGGUAUUAUGUAUGAUAACAGUAACACACUUUAAUUUGAGUUAAGUUUAUCUUUUGAUCAUAUAUUGUAUGGAAAGCUAUUUGUUAUAUGUGAGAAUUUAGAGACAAAGUAAUAGCAUGAAAUAAAAAUUUAUUUCUACAUUAGUUACAUGCGAGUCUUAAAUUAUAAAGUGAUUACUGUAGUCUUUUGAACAUUCCAUGAGUUAAUUAAUUAAGAAUGUAUGGCGAAUAAAUAUCUCAAAUAGUUGACCAAUUGCUUUGUUACUAGUUGUUUGUAAUUAUUAUAUUUCUUGUUAUGCAAUUUAAAUGCACAGCAUAAACAUUAAGCAACUUUGUAAUCUUAUAAUUCAUUAAAUUAUAGUGAUUGUUUUUUAAACGCCCACAUGUAAAUGUGGUCGUAUAUUGCCGUCGCCCCAGUCCAUCUGUCUGUUCGCCCAUCAUCCACAAUUUCUUGUGAACACUACAGAUUACAUUUAUCAUCUGCUUGUUUUGAAAUUGAUAUAUGUUGUUUACAUUGGUGAGAUGAAGAGCCUAUUUAAUUUCAAUAAUUUCUGUUAAUUUCUUCUGAUGUUAUGGCCCUUGUUUUGCUCUGUUGCACCUUGUGAUCACUCUUAACGACACAAGUUACCAUCCGAUCUGUAUGCAUCAUUUAAAUAAGUGAAACGAUGAAGCCUAUUGAAUUUCCAUUAAUUAUGUCUAGAGUUACCAUCCAAUCUGUAUGGUAUGCAUUAUUUAAAUUAGUAAAACAAAAAAAUCUGUCGAAUUUCAAAAAUUUGUGUUAAUUACUUUCAGCUUGUAGAACCUUGUAAACCUUCAAACGUCGAAAAUUGUAAUGUGAUCUGUAUGAAAUUGUCUUGUAAAUGCCCUCCUUAACCUACAACCAUUGUCAACCACUCGGACCAUUUAACUGCUGUGGGCAUAUGGUUUGUUGCCUGGCAACCUAUUGUUUUUUUAGAAGUACAACUUUGAUUACUAGAUGUGAUUGAUAUAAAGUUUGUUUGAUUUUAUUCUGUAUUGUCUUCUUAUUAAAUCUGGUGCUUUAUUCAUAUGUAUCUAUAUAAGUAUUUAUAUAAAUCUAUAAAAUUUACAAUCAUUAAAAGCUAAUUUGUUUAUUUUAUUUUUAAAAUAACACUCACUCAAAAUUUUAAUGAACUAUUUAGUAUUAAGUAAAAAAUGUGUAUGUAUCAUGCACAUGUUAUUCGUCAACUCUCUUUUGACAUUUUUUUUCACUAACUCGUUUGUUGUUUGUUAAAUUGUUCAUCCUACAUCGUUUUUUUUUCUUCUUUUAAAAAUAAGAAAAACAUGUAACUAGGUGAUAUUGUAAUAUAUAAAGAUUAAUGACAGGCUGUGAGAGAGAAAAAAAUAAAUGUGUUAUGAUGUAUGUUAUUUUGUUAAUGAAUAAUUUAUUGUUUCAGUGCUAUAUACAAAGCUUUAUAUAGUGUAUUAUAGUGAGUACUUUAUUUUGUUUUUAACCUGUUAUUACAGGUACACAGUCUUAUCAUGUUGUACCAUCUAUAGUUUUGGUUUUUCAGUCAAGUCAGUAGACUUAUGCCUAUUUGAUUUGAUUUUGAUACUUCAAAUACAUCUGUAUGAUUUGAUGUUUUCAUUACUAAAAAACAAUCAAUAUGUGGUCUGUGUUAUUUGUGCCCUUUUCAAAAAAUAGUCAAUGAACCUCUAAUAUAAGAAAUAUGCAUUUGGACUGUCUUUAAUCAAGAUCCUGAUUGAUUUAAGGCAUACAAAAUGUUUAUUAUGCUUGCCUAUAGAACAAAAAUUGUUAAAACUUGCUUUGAUCAUUUGUCUUUGUUUCUAUUGGAACCCUAUCAAAAUUAGAGGGUUUUUUUUUAUGAAUUUCUUGUCAUUUAUGCCCCUCACAGAAAACCCCUAUAAAAAUAGUUUAAAGAUACAUUAUGGGAGAUAAGAUAAAGAGCUGGCAGUUCUCACUAUAAUAGUUAAAAAAUAGAUAACGUAAAGGCAAUUUCCUGAAAAUUUCAGUCAAAUUGAUCCACUAUAAACCGAGAAUUAAGCGAUCAUCAUGACUAAAGUCUGUACGAUAAAAAACAUAGCCUCGAUCAUCCAUUUCAUGAUUGGGGGGUUGGAUGGCUGAAUGGUUAGCGUGCGCGCGCUGUAUCAUAAAGUCUGUCAUUGAGUCGACUGGCGUGGUUUCGAAUCCCCGGUUGUACGUGACAAGGAGUAGGGUCGCCUGUCCAACCUCGUGGGUUUUCUCCGGGUCCUCCGGUUUCCUCCCACUGCUAAAGAGCCCUACGCGCAAGCGAAUUAUGUAAAUAAAAUUAAACCAUGUUAGUCCCGAAAUGACCUAGUUUGUGUCGAGUGGACGUUAAACCCCAUUUCUCUCUCUCUCUCUCUCCAUUUCAUGAUUAAAUUAUGAAUGGAAGUCGAGCAGCAAAUGGGAUCAUAAUCCAGUAAAUAUCACAGGCUAGCGAUGCCAUCGAGAGUUGAUAAUGGUCUGGAUAAUUAAUAAUUUAAAUAACAUUUCAGGCCUAAAGAAAGACCUGCAAUCAGCAGAUUUAGCCCUUGCAUAAUGUAUGUUUAACUUAAAAAUUCUAUACAUUAUUUUGUUUUCAGUUAUAUUAAUUUGUGUCUGCCAUCAGUUUUCUAAUAUGAUAGAUGUAACUACGAAUUUAGGUUUGUUAAGAAUAAUACACAGCAUAAUUUUUCUUUAGAAAUCAUAUAAAAUGUAGUUGUAUACUAUAGGUAUAUCUAGUCAAGGUUUUUGUCUCUAUUGUGCCUUUAUAUAUACCGGUAUGUAUAUCAGAUAGAGCAAUACACUCCUUUAGUUUCUGUGAUAUACAAAUUCACAAAUCUGAAUUUAAGCGGAAAUUGCAAAUUUUCUAAGAAAGUCAAAACGUAAUUAUUUCUAUGUCUUUUGCUCAAUAGGUUGUCAACUCACAAUUAUACGAUCAUAGGUGUCAUUCUCACACUUAAGAUUCAUUUAGACAGGAAAUAAUAACACAAUUACCUCCUUUGUUUUCUAUUCUCCACCAUGGAGUAGCGAUAAUCAAACGUUUGAAAAUGAAAAGGAAAAUGAUAUUUUUGCCAAUUUCUCAGCUGGCAAUAGUGAAUUAUAGGAUUAUUCUUUAACAAGGUAGGACUGUUUAGGGAUAACAUCUAUUUUCAGGCUUUUAUUUUAAUAAAUUUUAAAAAUAUAACUUAAAAAUUUGCAAUUUCCGCUUUAAAAUGUCUUAUCUAGGCAGAGAGGUAUGAAGUAUUUUAUGGUAGCUAUCUGCAGUCGUGGGGAUACAAAUGACAAUAAUUAUCGGCUUUAAAUAUUAAAUUUGCAAAUAUUUUAGCAAUGUUUAAGCCGUAAAAAAAAGAUAUUUUCCAAAAAAUGUGAAUGACAAACAGUGACUUAAUUAAAUGUUCAAUAAUAAAUUUGAACAUUAAUUUAGCAUUAAGCUGUGAAAAAUAAGAUAUUUUUCUGAAAAAUGCAAAUUUGAAUCAAAAUUGGAAUGAAACUAACCUCAAAAAAUAAAAUAUUAUCAUUAUAGUUUAGUUAAUUUAAAUCCAUGGCUGCUUAUUUGUCAACAAUUAUACAGAGAUGCAAUGAAAAUGCACUGCUAAUAAGGCUGGAAGUGUAGCUUAAAUUUGAUUUUUGGCAUGAUUGUCAACAGUGAAAUGUAGGCAUACAGGGUAAAAAUCAAAUAUACACCAUGCAACAUUGUCGCACAGAAGAUAUAAGCAUCUGAAUGACUGCUUAUAGAAGCCUUCUCCAUUCUCACUACAAUGUUGCUUCCAGUCGUUCUGGUACUCGUACUCUCUUGAAUUAACGCAAUGUUGUAUUCUUGAUGUCAAUCUUUCACAGAACUGUUGGAGUUGGGAAUUUUCAACAAUCUCACUGUUUUGAAUUUCAAUUUUUUGUUUGAGAGAAUUGAUCUGUUUUUUUUUUUAACCGUAUUAACAAUCACCCCCUACAGUGCCGUGUUUUCAUUGUGUCUCAGUUUUUUAUCCAUAUCUAAAUCUUAUUAAAAUUAGAUCUUUUCAUUUUUGGCACUCCAAACAUUACCGUAAUUCAAUAAGCAGUAAAAUAUGAGACAUUAAAAUACAGAUGUGACGUCAUCCUUUGAUGUUGGAGUACCAUUAUUUCAAAUAAUCGUACGGGCAAUGUGCCAAGCGUAACUUGGUAAAAAUAUUGAACUCGAGUGACGUAUUUUAUUGCAAAGCACGAGCAAGUGUCUGUAUUUUAAGUUGUUUAAUGGUCUCGAGCUUAAGACAUUGCGUAAUAUAUUGUAAAAACAUUCGGGCCUCAUGGCCCUCAUGUUGUUACAAUAUAUUACUUAAUGUCUCGCUCUCGACCAUUAAACAAUACAGAAAAUCAAAUUUUAAUUAGAUCAGUGAUACCGCUUUAAUUAAAGGAGCAGUCACAGAUAAAUUUUAGUAAAUAAAACUAAUUAAUUCAGGGCGAAUGAUUCUUAGAAGUGUGUAACAACCUUAAAGAUAUUUUUAAGAAAUAAGGUCAGUUAUAUUAGGAUAGACCACAAGUUUCCGAACUAAUGACUGUGGUAGUGUUUGGAUAACUGUCUAUAAAAGCUUUUCAUGUCACUUAUUACACAUAAUAAUUCUUUCUUUGAGUUAAUUGAGCAAUUUUGUCUGAUUACUGAGCAGCUAAACUUUUUAGAGACCUUAACCUGGCUAUGUAUUCCAAUUUUGGCAUUCGAUUUUAUACUUACAUUUUUACCAACACAUCGGCAAAACUAUAUACCGGAAAACAACCGAAAAACACCAUUUUAUACUGAAUACCGGAAAACACCCUAAAUAGGUAACCCGGAGACUAGCACCCUAAAUAUGUAACCGGGAGCCUGGUCUUCUGUGUGCCUGGGUUAGGGCUAGUUUCCGGUUUAUAGUAUAGCUCUUCUCCGGGUUACCUAUUUAGGGUGGUUUCUGGUAUUUAGUGUGUUUUCCGGUAUAUUCAGUAUAGCAUGGUGUUUUCCAGUAUAUAGUAUAGCCCCAACACAUACGUGGACUGCUCCCUUAAAUUACAAGCUUGCCUUUUGUAAUCUGCUUUUAAAAUAGAUGUAAUUAAGCUUACAGAGUACUUGUAGUUUUGUUUAAUUUGUAUAUAUAUCAAUAAGCAACUUAUUAUCUAUGUAAAUAUUAAAUAAAUUACCUAAACCAUC